AUGAGCACGAAAUUGUCCGACAAUACCUCCGUGAGCGCCGGCAUGGUACCCUUCCUUCCCCAAUUGACAGCGAACGAACCUAUACCCGGAACCCAGAGGACGACGUUGUUCUCCUAUCGGACCUUUUCCCGCCAUCAAAAAGUGCCAGGGGCGGCCAUUUGUACACAUUCAGAUAUUUGCUUGGAUUACGGCAACGGCAGAUGCUAUGCUCAAGACUAUGCUUCUACCUCGCAGACCGAAUCAUGGAUCGGUUCAUCCAGACGGAACCAAUCUGACCGACAUGCUAGGUACUACACGCUCUACUUCCUAGAGUCGUUCAACUCAGCAAGAUGUGAGCACACGAAUAUGCUCCUCCGGGAAUACGAAGCUGGUCGCCUACGAGUACCAGUUCCCCUGGAUGUACGAAAACGGAUGUAUGGAGAAUUGCAGACUGCGAUUCUUCGCCAACCCCCGUUUACCAAUACUCCGGCCCUGCUUGCGACCCAUCACUGUAUAUAUCUGUUGGUUACUUAUAUCCGACAUACAAUGGCCCCAGAAGGAGAACCGGACGAUUCCUGGAUUACUUCGCUUCUCACUCUAUCGCCGUUCGAACGGAUCGUUGAAUUCUUUUCCGCUGAGAUCGGAGAUGGAGGUAGCCAGAGAGUGCAGCGCAAGGAAUUCAUGUACAACUUUUACGCUGAUACAAAACACGCGCGUGAGCAUUUGAACUCUGUGCUAUUUGGUCAAAGUUCCGAGCAAAAUAUGCACAGCUCCGUCCAAGACCUCUGGUUUGACGUCGCAAGGGCUGAAUUGGAAUCUAGGAAUGCAAUUCCUCAUGAAAUGGAGAAGGUAUGGUCUUGGGGUGGCAUUCCAUUACUGUUUGGUUGCCCAGAUUGUCACCAUGGGGCGGGAUGGAGAGCAUGA